AUGUUUGGAACCUACAUGACAGCAACGGUUGUGAUUCACAUAUUUCUCUCUGUCAAUGCAACGGGUCAUGGGCUCCUAUUUCCAAGAAAUGUCCAAGCAUUAAGGACUGGCCUUAAUGGAGAAAUUGAGAGGAUUUUGAAGUUCAGCUAUGAUGCAUUAUGUGAUGAAGAUAAAGCUUUGUUUCUUCAUAUAGCAUGUUUUCUCAACCGUGAAAAUAUAGAGACACUGGAAGAUUCUAUUGGGGAGACAUUCUGGGAUGUGGCACAAAGGAUUCACGUCUUAUCUGAGAAGUCUUUUAUAUCUAUCAUCUUGGGAUUUUACAACUUGGUAGAUAAAUUGUUCGUAAAGAAUUUGUCCGAGAGCCUUGGCAAGGCCAAUUUUUGGUUGAUGCUAGAGAUAUUUUUGAAGUACUCGCCUACGAUAAUCCAAAGUGUUGUAGGAAUAGAUCUCAACUUGUUUCAGAAUAAGGACAGUGUGCUUACCUCAAGGUCUGACCUAUAUUCCUCGAAAACUUCGAUUACUAAGUCGGACCUUUUUUCCAAUGACCUGUUUGCCUUCAAAGUUAAAUCCAAGCUUGAGAAGUUAUGGGAAGGAAAUCAAGAGUUGUGCAUUAUCCAUUGCUUAAGCAUGGUGGAAUUUCCCUCAUCUAUUGGAAAUGCUACUAAUCAAAAAGAGUUGGGUUUUACUCAUUGCUCAAGUUUGGUGAAGCUCCCUUCGUCUAUUGGGAAUGCCACUAGAAACAAGAAAUUGUCUCUUUAUGGAUGCACAAGUCUGAUGUAUGAGAGAUUUCUUCAUGGCUGCAUAAAUAUCUCGUCUACACCGGCUAAAACUCAGCGGAUGCAAGAAACUAAGUAUUUGUUGGAAUCCUCAGGCUCUUCCAAAGCUGAGAAAGGCAUGCUCAUGAUAUUGAUGAUCCUGAAAAAAGUGAACGGGAAAGGUUUGGUUCUGACGCAAGUCACCUUCUCUAGAACCCUAACUAGCCAUUAA